AUGUACUUCAAAAUCGGGCCGAUGACCGGCCAGUGCGCUAAGUCCGUUGCAUCAUCCACAGCAAUGCUCAAACAAUGCAAGGUUCAGGCCCAGCAAGCGUCAUCCCCACAACCAUCAACGAUCACACUAAGACUAGAAAACCCAAAUGCUCUCAAACGUUUUAGUUAUGGCCGUGAUGGUUGCUCUUAUGCUCAGACCCUGGCUGAACGGCGAAAGCCUACAAAUCCAUUGGCGGCUACAAAUAACCCAACUUAUAGCUGCUAUUUCUGUCAUGUUCACGGGGAUAUUAGUAAUAUCGUGGGUUGCGACGAACCUGCCCAUUUUCCCAUCGCCGCUGACCAAACCUUCACCGUAUCCCUCGCACAGCAUAAGGCUACUCCAGCGACCGUCGUUCUGCUACCCACGAUGUCUUCCACAAUUGUAGACUGUCCCGGUUGGUUUAUACUUGUGAUUGCCACACCGGUUCCCCAGCUUUGUUGUUCCAGUACAUUGAGUCAGUAUAUCUUGGAUUGCGUGCUCCUCAGUGACCAAUCCCUUGCCUUCAAGAGCCGAGAUAUAAGAUGCAAAAACUCUGGUUGUGAUGUUGGUGGGAAUGGACAUGAUGAUAUUCCCUAA